AUCUUAUUAGCCGAGGUGCUGUAUCUGCUUCCGUCAUAUUUAUGAAGCCGAGAAGAAUCGGUAGGGAUCCAAGGUAGGUUAUUUGACUUGACUUCUACCUGUUCUCUCUCCCCAGUGCGAUUGUGUUCUCCGCUCGUACGAUCAGCAUCACAAUGGGUUCCGAACGCUGUCCCGUCCAACAUAAGGGCAUCUACCACAAUCUGCCAACCUUUGAUCCUUCCAUCAAAGGACUUACAGCCAUAGUCACCGGCGCCAAUGGCAUCUCAGGCUUCCACACCAUGCGAGUUCUGCUCGAAAGCCCGGAGCGCUGGUCCAAAGUGUACGCGUUGUCUCGACGGCCUCCUCCCAAGGAUAUGAUGGCUUUGUUACCCGAGUCGCAUCGAGCUCGUGUGCAGCACGUCGCUUGUGACUUUCUUGAAGACCCCCAGAAGAUUGCAGACGCCAUCAAGUCAGCCAAUAUCACAGCUGACUACAUCUUCUUUUACUCCUAUCUGCAACCAAAACCGGCUCCAGGUGCCGCUGCUUGGUCCAAUGCCGAAGAACUGGUCAAAGUCAACAGUGCGCUUCUGGACAACUUCUUGCAAGCAUUGACCAUAUGCAAAAUCACUCCCAAACGCUUCCUCUUACAGACAGGUGCUAAGAACUAUGGUGUCCACGUUGGACGAGGACGAAACCCCGCAAUCGAGUCCGAUCCUCAGCCAGCUCACCUAGAACCAAACUUCUACUACCCUCAGGAGAAAUCGUUGUUCGAAUAUUGUAAAGCCAACAAUACAUCCUGGAACGUCAUCCGCCCAGCGUGGAUCUUAGGAGCCGUCAACAACGCCCAGAUGAAUGCUUUACACCCAAUAGCAGUUUACUCCGCCGUGCAAGCCCACAAGGGAGAACCACUGUACUUUCCUGGCACAUGGAAAGACUGGCAGGCCGAUGAACAUCAUUCCACGGCAACGCUGACAGGCUACUUGUCAGAAUGGGCAGUGCUCGAAGACAAAUGCAAGAACGAAGCGUUCAAUUCUCAAGACACCAGCCCCAUAAGCUGGGAUCGAUUUUACGAGGAACUCGUGCGUUGGUUUGGCGUGGAAAAGGGCGUUCAUCCUCCGGAAGAGGAUCUGAGCUUAUUCAAGGAAUUUAAAGGUAAAGGUGGCAAAGCCACACCCAUGGGUUAUGGACCACCUAUCGUUCUUCACAGUCUCUUUUCCCUCGUGGAGUGGGCGGCAAAGCCCGAAAACAAAGAGGCAUGGGAGGCACUGAUGAAGGAGUCUGGAGGCCAACUUACCGACAAUCCUUUCGGAGACGUUGAAGCUAAUUUCGUAUUUGGCGACGCUGCGUUCGUGCAAAUCUGCAUGCUGUCCAUGAACAAAGCCCGAAGACUGGGCUGGACAGGAUUCGUGGACACCAUCGAAUCACUGUUUGAAAUGUACUCUGAAAUGGGGAAAUUGGGUAUGCUGCCAAAAUUGAAGGUUGACAAGCCGAAGCCGAUGGCAUGAUUGUCUCAAUGUUGCAAUUCAAGAGUAUCUCACGCAGAAAUACUAAGCCCACUGUCUGAUUCUGAUCUCCGCUGGA